AUUGACACGUCUCAAAUAAUCCAGUUUCUCAAUGCGACCACAAGAGGGCGGUAAACACAUAAUCAAGUUGACGGUGCAUUCAAUUCCAAUAUGUGAAUGGAGGUGGACAAGAUAUUUUCGAAGGUAUUGGUUGGAGGCAGCACGGCUACCUGUCAGUCAGGUUCAGCUGAUUCGAGUGUAUGAUUCAGAGAGGCGUCGUCUUCAGACCGCAUUAAGUAACAGAAGUGAGAACAGCUCUGGACUUUCUAUUUCAUCAGAUGGCGGCUAUAUUUACACCUGGUUUCGUAUCGAACAUGUCUGCAUGGAGAAGAACAUAAACGCGCCGUGAUGGCCAUGGAGAGCAGUGUGUGGAAUACCUGCGACUACAGCCACAAUGUCACUUUCUUCUACAAUUGGGUGGGUAAGAAGAUCAAUGUAGUGUGGACGACGCGGGACCUUAUGGUGAUUGGACUGGGCUUGACAGUAUGUCUCAUCGUAGUCCUGGCCAACCUGAUGGUGAUGGUGGCCAUAUUCAUGAACCAGCGCUUCCACUUCCCCAUCUAUUAUCUCCUGGCCAACAUGGCUGCGGCAGACCUGUUUGCGGGCAUUUCCUACAUCAACCUGAUGCUGAACACAGGGCCCUGGACCAGCACUCUCACCAAGGAGCAGUGGUACAUCCGCGGGGCUUUGAUCGACAUCAGCCUGACAGCCUCGGUGGCCAACCUGCUGGCUGUUGCCGUGGAGCGCCACCAGACCAUCAUUACCAUGCAGCUGCACAGCACCAUGUCCAAACGGCGCGUGGUGCUGCUGAUAGUCUGCAUCUGGGCCGUGAGCAUCAUCAUGGGCCUGGUACCCUCCACAAUUUGGAACUGUGAGUGUGAUCUGGAUGACUGCUCCACGGUUGCGCCCCUCUACAGCCGCCGCUUCCUCAUUUUCUGGGCAGUUCUGAACUUGCUCACAUUCUUCAUCAUGGUGGCCAUGUACACCCGCAUCUUCAUCUAUGUGAGAUGCCAGAGUAAUUAUGCGUCUCAGCAUUCCUCGGACAUGCAGCCCAGCCAGACUGUUGUCAGGCUGAUGAAAACUAUCUCCAUGGUUCUCGGAGCCUUCGUAAUCUGCUGGACGCCAGGCCUAGUGACUCUCUUACUCGACGGACUGUUGGGUAAAGCCAGCCGUGCCAACGACUACGAGAAGUUCUGUUUGGUGAUAGCCGAGUGCAACUCUCUUGUCAAUCCCAUCAUCUACUCCCUGCGAGAUGAAGAGAUGCGGGGGACGUUCAAGUCCAUCCUGUGCUGCCUGUGUUCAAGAAGAGCUGACCAGCAGAGGGAGAUGUCACUCGUCAACAUUGACUCACCGCUUCCGGAGGAAACACUCAGCUGUGUUCAGAAGUCAGAGGAUCAGAUCGGCUGUAUGGAAACAAACAAUAAAGAAGACAGCUGGACAAUGCUGGAGGUUUGAUGGCUUUCACUGAUGUGUAACCAGCACACAAUGCAUAAUAUUCUUAAUGUUGGAUAUCAGCCAACUUCUGCCAAACUUCCCUUUUUUCCAUGUUUGUAUUGUGAAUUGAAAUAACAAAAAAAAUGCACCUGUUGAAAAGAUUGAGAGUUUUAUCCAUGUUGGACGUACGCUUUCAUUUCUCAGAAUCGUGUUGUCCUCAGUCUCAGUGAGGCUGACAGAUUCACAUAUUAAAUCAUCAGAUGGUG